AUGUCCCAUCUGCAGCUGUCCUGGCUAAAGCGUCUGCACGCAGGUGCGGAGGAGAGCCAAGGUCUGGUGCUGAGGGAUGAGCUGGGACAGACCUACGGAGACCACAGGAGCCAGUCUCAGAUGUCCAGCCCUGAGGAUCCAGAACACACUCAAAAUACGAACAACGCCACUAUCACCUCCUGGGAGGCCGGCUGGAACGUCACCAACGCCAUACAGGGUCUCUUUGUGCUGGGUCUGCCCUAUGCCCUGCUCCAGAGCGGUUACCUGGGUCUGCUGUUACUGGUGUUAGCGGCACUCAUCUGCAGCUACACUGGAAAGAUUCUUGUGUCCUGCUUGUAUGAAGAGGAUGAGAACGGCUGCCCGGUCCGCGUAAGACACACCUAUGAAGACAUCGCUAAUGCCUGCUGCAGACACAUCUGCCCAUGCAUCGGGGGAAAGGUUGUGAAUGUAGCGCAGCUGGUAGAGCUAGUCAUGACCUGCAUCCUCUACUUGGUUGUCAGCAGCAAUCUGAUGUGCCACAGCCUGUUUUUUCUGCCUCUGAGCCCGACGACCGGCUCCGCCAUCAGCUUUCUGAUCCUGCUGCCCUGCAUGCUGAUCCGGGACCUGAGGGUGGUGUCCCGCCUCAGCCUCUUCUGCUCGCUGGCUCAGUUCCUCAUCACCUUCAUUGUGAUUGGCUACUGUGUGCGCCAGUCUCCGCAGUGGGCCAGCAGGAGUCUGCGUGCAGCUGUGGUGGACUUUGAUAGCUUCCAGGUGGCGGUGGGAGUGAUUAUCUUCAGCUAUACCUCACAGAUCUACCUGCCCACGUUGGAAGAGAGCAUGAUGGACCGGCUGGACUUCAGCACCAUGAUGGACUGGACUCACGCUCUGGCCUGUGUCCUGAAGACGGCCUUCUCUGUGCUGGCCUUCCUAACGUGGGGAGAGGAAACUAAAGAGGUGAUAACAGAUAACUUGCCCUCUGCUUUGCGUACCGUGGUGAAUCUGUGUCUGCUGGCGAAAGCUCUGCUCUCGUACCCACUGCCAUUUUAUGCUGCGGCAGAAAUACUGCAGACCGGCCUUCUGAAGCUGGACUCCGGUUCCGAGCGGUGGACUCUGCUGCUGCUGCGUGGAUCUCUGCUGCUGCUCACCCUCCUCAUGGCACUGUUCGUGCCCCGCUUUUCUCUCCUCAUGGGCCUGACGGGCAGCGUGACAGGGGCGGCCAUGACUCUGCUGCUGCCGGCUCUCUUCCACCUGCAGCUGAAGUGGACGCAGCUGGACCUGAGCCGGAGGAUGCUGGACCUGCUGAUCUUACUGCUGGGCGGAUUCUGCAGCAUCUCCGGGGUCAUCUGCUCCAUCAGAGGGAUGAUAACCGUCUUUGAGGACAACCAGCAGCAGAUGCAAGAGAAGACCAUUUUGUUGGUAGCCACAUCAUCACAGGUUGGAUUCAAUAUCCACACAGAGAAGACCAAGAUUCUUAAGAUCAACUCCAACUGCAACAAUCCAGUAACCCUGAAUGGAAAUUCCCUGGAGGAGGUACAGUUCUUUACCUACCUGGGCAGCAUCAUCAACCAGCAGCGUAGAACAGAUACAGACAGUAAGGCAAGAAUGGGCAAAGCAAGAACCACUUUAACCCUGCUCAAGAACAUCUGGGCUUCGAGAGAACUUACUUUAACCACCAAGACCCAUCUGUUCAACUCAGUAUUGUUGUACGGGGUCAAAACUUGGAGGAUAACCAAAACUACCAUCCAGACAGGCUCUCAAAUGAAAUCCCCAAGGGAAUCGGAAAAGAGGCCGUCCAAAAAAACACCUGGCAACGUGACCUAG